ACUGCUGUUGGUCACGUGUUUCCUGGAGCCUCAAGAUCUCCAAACAUCUCAGCUGUGAUUCAGUCUGAGCGGCUGCUGGACGGCAGAAAUCUACUCGUUUCUCUUUUCCCUCCCAGUUACUGGGCUCAGGACGGAGGGCUGAGGCUUGGUAACAGCCUGGGGAGCUGGCUUGGGUCACAAACGGGUCGUCAGAGCAGAUCCAAGGGACAGGGGAAGGUUCGUAGUGGUGGAAACCUUCCAGGCGGAGGUCCAGUCAUCAGAAGCUCGGAGAUGUUUCCAAAGUUCACCAAAGCCAUCGUGGAAAAGCUGAGUGCUAACCUGAUCAGCAACGAUGACCUGAACAGGAACUGGGAGCUUCUGACUCUGGUCAAGAUUAGAAAGAAGAACCUCUUCACUUACUUUGAUUCCCGAGCAAAAUACCAGCCGCUGGCGCUGAAGCUGAGCAGCAUAGUCGAUGCAGACCUGGACCUGGAGACAGAAACUAAGAUGCUGGUGAAGGAUUUCCAAAGUUUUAGCUGCCUGGAUGGAGCCGUGGAAGUAGGAGGAGGAAGUGGCGACGUCCAGGUUGAUGUGAAGGGACAGAUGAAAACUGUGGACGCAUCGUCCAAGGUGUCCCUCAUGAGUGACCAUUUCCGCUUUCAUGACCUGGAAAAGCUGACCUUCAGGAGCAUGUGGGCAUCUCCAUGGAUCUGUAAGCAGCUUCAUGGUGAGACGCAGACCUCUCGCUCAACUUCCUUUUUCCUUUCCUGCAGAAAGCUGGAGCAGAAGGUUCUGGACGUCCUUCAGCUGAAGGACGGAGAAAAACUGGCGUUUGUGAAGCAGAGAGUCUUCAACACAGGACCUGUCCACGUUUUCAGGGAGGCUUCAAGGAGCGGCUCCACUGGAGCAAAGGUCCUGAACCUGGUUUCUGCUGGUGUGAAGGGAGGAAAGGCAGAAAAGUCCAAGUUCACCGUGCCGGAGAAUAAAACCUUCGCUUUUGCUCUGAAGAAGCUGAUGGUACAGGAUGGAGUCCUGGGGUUUUCUUCAGAGAUUUCUUAUAAAGCGGGGUCAGGGGUCAUCGCCAGUGAAGCCGUGCUGAUUGAAGCAGGGCUGCAGAGGAACCAGGCGGUCCUGAAGCCUCUGGCCGGUCGGACCGACCUGCUGAGAGGCCUGGUGGAGGUCCUGGAGGACAGAGACGCUCUGACUCUGCUGGAGGACACGCUGGACCUCGUCGGUUCUGGAGAAUACCAGCGUCCACAAUGUGAAGCCGCCGCCUGGUUCCUGACUCUUCUCGACGUGUCCACUGCCUCCAGAGAGCUGACGGACGCCGUCCACCUGCUGGUCAGCGCGUUGGAGGCUCUGCCCGGCGACCUUCCAGCUCUGUUGGCCAGAUGUGACCCAGGAACCCUGAGCUGCAUCAUCCACAUGAUGGACUGUCUGCUGUAUGGUCAGGUCCCACCUCCUCUGGAGCGCCCCCUGCAGGAGGACAAGGAGCUCCACCGGCUGGUGAGGCUCCUCCACUCAGCCAAAGACUUCAGAGAUCUGAGGGAGAACUUUCCAGAUUUCUCUCCUGAAGCUCUGCUGGAGCUGCUGUACGUCGGCGUCCGAGGACUCAGCCUGAUGCAGUCCCCCGUCUGCUCGUAAACGGAUCACUGAAUCGUGUCUUUUCUUUCUGGUUAUGGUUCAGAAACCAGGAAACCUGAACAGCGUUUACCUAAAACACAGCCAGAGAGGAAAACAACGAUGAAAACGAUAAUCAGAUGUCAGAGAUGUUUCUCCAGUCCUGGUUCUUUAAUUAUUAAAGGUUCCAGUGUUCUCCCUCCCUUCCUGAUUCUUCUGUUCUGGUUCCUACGGUAGAUUACUAUGAAAUGGAACAAAAAUAUGAUACUCAAUAAAA